CAUCUCCUCACUUCUUUACUCUAGCCCUCCUGCAACAUCCCACCAGUUACAGCGCACCGUUUCCUAGGAUACGUUUCUCAAAAACUUAAGUCUGAGGAACUGCAUGUUUACGAUUUGUGGAUAUCAACCAUAAUGUUGGGUACAGUGAAAAUGGAAGGUCACGAAACGCCAGAUUGGAGCAGCUAUUACAAUGACGCACAAGAGGUAGGCUAUGUGUAUUUUGGUUUUAUUCGAUUUGUGUAUUAGAAUAACAAUGAAGUGCUAACUGAUUUCCACGUCUUCGUUUUUUCAAUGUAUGUUUUCUAGCAAACUGCAUUGAGUGUCCUUCAAAAAGAAUUCCAUAGCACGGUGUUGUUGUAGUUUAUGGAAUAUUGGGCUGUUUUGGGCAUAUACUUCACUAUAUGCAACCUGAUGAUGUAUCCUAAAGAACGAGAGAUGGCCAAACCCGCCGGGUGGCAGCAGUGCACAUUGCAGUCACGGCGGGCCGAAUGCUGACUUGAGAUACUGGCACUUUAACAAAAAAUAAAAUACCAUUAUAUAUGCGCGUAAAAAUGGGAUUUGGCACUGAAUAUUUACCAGCCAUCAUGCAGCGAGAUCAUGUCAUAUGUUUAUCAAUGCAUGCUGUUCGAAAAGAAAGUUGCAGUCAGUGGAAUGUUUGAAAACAAUUGUAAUACAUUUGUUCCAUGCCAAUAAUAAGAUAGAGUAAUACACUUUGCUUGACCCUCUGUUUGUGCAUAAUAGGCCUACAUAAAAUACUUAUCUAAAUGAUUGCAUUGCUUGAAAAGCAGCACUAAAUGGCAUUAUAUGCCCUAACACAAUGAAACAAUAUUGAUUGAGUUUGAGAUACAUAAUAAAUGGACCAGGCUGCACUGUUUUCAUGCUGCUGUUUAGAGGCUCUCAAAAUUAAUCUCAUGUUUUCUAGUCAAAUCGAAUUAAUUAAAAUCGUUUCGUUUAGAAAUAUUUUGUGUUUAACAGCCUAAUAUUAAUCAUGAUGAAUUAUACAUUAUUACACAGUGGAUUUCAGCAGAAUAAAAAAUAAUACUACAAAACUUAAGCACUUUGAGUGUGUGGAAGACCAAUGCAUUGUUGUGAUCACAUUUCUCUCAUGUUAUUCCAGGUAUAUUCGCCCAUGGUGAACAGCGGCAUGAAUGCAGGGUUGAGUUCCAUGAACAGUAUGAACAGUUACAUGAGUAUGUCUGCUAGUGGAAAUAUGACCUCAGGUUCUUUCAACAUGUCCUAUGCCAACCCCGGCCUGGGAGCCGGACUAAGCCCCGGGACAAUGACAGGGAUGCCCCCGAGCGCGUCCAGUGCGAUGAACGGAAUGGGUGGAGGGGUACCGUCAAUGGGCACUGCCCUUAGCCCCUCGAACAUGGGCGCGAUGUCGGCUCAGCAGGCUUCCAUGAACGCUAUGAAUCCAUACGCGAGCAUGAGCCCUACUAUGAGCCCAAUGUCCUAUACUCAGCCCAACCUGAACCGAGCAAGGGACAACAAGUCAUUCAGGAGAAGCUACCCGCACGCAAAGCCUCCGUAUUCGUACAUAUCCCUCAUAACCAUGGCCAUUCAGCAAGCACCAAGCAAGAUGCUCACGCUUAGCGAAAUCUACCAGUGGAUAAUGGACCUAUUUCCAUACUACAGACAGAACCAACAGAGGUGGCAGAACUCUAUUCGCCAUUCCCUGUCUUUUAAUGAUUGCUUCAUCAAAGUGUCUAGGUCACCGGAUAAGCCAGGCAAAGGCUCGUACUGGGCCCUGCACCCAGAUUCUGGAAAUAUGUUCGAGAACGGUUGUUACCUCCGCAGACAAAAGCGCUUUAAAUGCGAAAAUAGAAAGAUAUCUUCAAGUAAAGGGGACGGAAGGAAAGACCAGUGCGGUUCUGGGUCGCCUUCGAGCGAUAAUACCAACAGCAAGACUGGGAAUGUGGACUCCUAUUCCCUCUCCACCUCCAACCAGUCCUCCAGCCCUCACAGCAUGGAGCACAGGAGCAGUAGCAGCGCCUCUGAACUAAAGAGCAGCGGGCCACCUCUCCACCCCGUGGCCAGCUCGGCCACUUCCCUGUCCUCUCUCCCUUUACCUCCGCACUCGAUGGCGCACGAGUCCCAUCUGCACCUAAAAGGGGAUCCCCAUUACUCAUUCAACCACCCGUUUUCAAUAAAUAAUUUAAUGUCAUCCUCAGAGCAACAGCACAAACUGGAUUUGAAAGCCUACGAGCAAGCUUUGCAAUACUCCUCCUACGGCUCAGGUAUGUCUUCCAGUCUACCCCUCGGCAGUGCGUCCAUGGCUGGCAGAGCUAUGGACCCAUCCGCAAUAGAGGCGUCAUACUAUCAAGGUGUGUAUUCCAGACCAGUCCUCAACACUUCUUAGUAUCUUCUCAUUUUUAUAGUGCUCGAUAAAAGGAUGACAGAAAACAUGUAUCUUGUUUUUUGCAUGCACCUGGUGCAUAAGGACUGUUACUUUAAUGUAUAAGAAUGUGUAUGAGUAAAAUACAAUAGGCCUAUACUGUAAAGUGUUACCAUUGAAUGAUUGUAUAUCCAGUUGUAAAUCAUUGCUAGUGUAUUUAAAACAAUUUUGAGCUUGUAAAAUAAUGUUGUAUUCCGCAAACUUGUAGUACCCACAAUGAAUAUGUCCAUGUGUUACAAUGUGCAUGAAUGAAGGUCAGUAAGGUCUCGUGGAACGCGUGACACAGGUGAAGCGAAAAACACCCGUCUGUUCCAGAUAGCCUACUUUUUUAAAUGGAUGUUGUCAUUUUAUGCAUUGCUUUGGUUUAUUUGCUAAAUAUCUGACAAACAUAUUUACAACCCAAUCUUGUAUAACAAUCUUAAAUUCCACGUGGAAAUGC